AUGCGGACCACACCACAAGUCUCUUUGUCAGGCAAGCCCUUGCAAAAGAAGUCGCAGCUCUUCACACGAGAUCAGACCGUUGCCAUCGUACUGAACCUCAAUGCCAGCAGCGAGCUUGCGAACACGAUGAGCCUGUUCAGAGAUGGUGUGCGUGUCUCGGAGCCGCAGCCGCUACCAGAAUCGAUGCGGAACAAGACUCUCUUUCCGCACAUCUGCUAUCGCAACGUCUCCCUGCAAGUCAACAUGGGCCCCGACCUCUUGAAGCCACUCCCGUUUGAGUGCCGCAUGCUUCAAGAUGCUGCGACAGCGGACAUGGCAGAGGCCAAGGAUCCUGGCAAGAGCGGCCGCUGCGAGGUAAUUGUUCCGGUUGCCGUUCCUGAUGAAGGCACCUUUGACUGGUUGGAUGACUUCCUCACGAAGAAUCCGAGCUACGUGGAGCUCAGCGACCGCAAGAUCCAAGACUGGGCAGCCAGCAGUGGCCUUCCUCGACCUCGCAUCAUGGGCGGAGCCUGUGCUGAUAAGCCCAGCUUCAGCUACAACCUUCCGAGCAUGGAAGAUGGUAGCGUUCAGCGUGUAAUCAAGGCCAUGGCGCCCAUGGUCCCGCGGAAUUAUGUGGUCAUGGAGGUCAAGUCCAACCUGGUCAAAGAGGAGCGCCAAGAGCUCCUUCAGCGCUUCAGCAGCCCUCACUUCAAGAAGACGGCCCUGGUGGUCAUGGGCGAACCCAGCGAGGAGUUCAAGCAGCGAACCUGGAACCGACUUCUGGCAGAGAAGCAGGCCAAGGUGGACGCCGAGUGGAAGGUGAAGAAGGCUGCUGCACAGCGCCAACGGGAAUUGCAGGAGCUGCGGAAGAAGGCUGAAGAGCAGCGCAAGAAGAAGCUCGAUGAAGCCAAAAAGAAGGAGGAAGAGGCAAAGAAAGGGGACGGUGACUCUGCCAUGGAGGAUGUCAAGGACGAGGUCAAGGAGGAGAAGGACAUCAAGGAGGAGGAAGAGAAGGAAGAUGACGGGCUCGGCGAUGAGCCCCCACAGGCGGAGCUCACGGACGAGGAGAAGAAGAAGUAUUUCCGCAACAGGCAAGGGCUUCCAGACCUUGCUCCGACCACGCUGCGGAAGUUCCUCCAGCAGUUCAGCCUUCCAGAGAAGUCGGAGGGCUGGGAUGAGAUCAAGUAUGCGUGGGACCAGGCACAUUCUAGCAGAGACUAUCUGCGAAAAUGGGUUGUGGAGGCCAAGCGCACAACUCUCAUUGAAGAUCCACAGCCUUCCCAGACCUUUACCACCAAGUUCAUGGCCUGGCAGAAGCAGCAUCUGGACUUCCAGCAGAAGCAGAACCUUUGGAAGGCCAAGCCGAAGAAGGAGGAGGAUGCUGCAUCCAUCGCUGCCAGAGCAAAUAUCGACAUCUUUGCCGUUGAGGAUGUGAAUGACAUCAACGAUGGCGAGCCGCUCUACGCCCACUUCGAGCCCGUGGACUGGGCUCUGCUACAACUUCGAUACGAGCUGCAUUUGCUGCAAGAGUCAUUCAAGAGGGAUGUGGAGGACGAGGACCGGAAGCUUAUCCCGGAGCCCCAUCUCUCGUACUACUACAGCAAGUACUUCCGCAAGCAGCUGAGCCCUGGAGUCUUCGGCCAGAAGAACAACACGGAGUUGAUUAGCCACAUCAAGGACGUGGUCACCAUCAGCGGAGACCCGCCUCUGCUACUCUCGCAGCUCAGUGAGGACGUGGAGGCCUUGGCAAUAUUGGGCCAAUGGUUCACAGAGGAGGCCCGGAGGGAUCGCAAGCGCCGGCAAGAGGCACCGAGGGCGCCGCUGCAGAUGGGCAAGGGCUGGCAGAGCGAUGGCGGAAAAGGAGGUUGGCAGGGAGGAGACGGUGGAAAGGGCUGGCAGGGCGGCUGGAACAGGUGUGACCAACAGACUGCUUUGCUACAGGCUUGGAUAGAUGUUGGAUACAAAGCUAGUGAUGAAUAUGAUGGCAGGAUUUGGAAUGUGAAUCCCCAGAUGUGGUUGUCCGCAAUCAGUGUUCGAGGCUUGCGCAGCAUGCCUAUCUGGGGCAAAGAGACCUGGAAGGACUUGCCUAUCUGUUCCCACCUGGAAGAACACUUCUCCGUAAUUCAGGAGGAGUCCGCGCGGGCUUUAGCGAAUGAAGCCGAAUCUGGCUUCGAGGAUGCUUACAGGUUCCUCUAUGAGAAGGGCGAGUGGAAUCGCGUGCUGCUUUAUCACAAGCGCCAGUUCACUCCAGAAUGUGAGCGCGUCUUCCCCAAGACAUGUGCGCUGCUGAGGCAGUGGCUUCCUUCCAAACCUGGGCUUCCAUGGACCUCCGACCAGAAUGAACAGGUGAUGGUGAUCAAGAUGAAGCCGGGCACAGACGUGGAAACGCACAGUGGUCCGGCCAACAACAUUCUGAACAUCCACCUUGGUAUCUCAGGACUAGAGGGCGCUGAGCUCAAGGUUGCCAACAGGAGUUACCACUGGGAAGAGGGCAAGGUCAUUGCCUGGGAUGGCAGCCUCCCUCUCAGCCCUGUUUUGCGAGUUGCUACGAGAAUGGGGCAUCGUGCUCCAUAA